GGGGUAUUAAUUUAAUUAAACGCUUAAAGAGUUUCCGUUUUUCUUGAAUGAAAGGUUCUUUGCUGCCGGCCUCUCUUGUACAAGAAGUCGAACAAGGGAAAUAUGGAAAGCACCGCAAUCACUCGCUGUACUUUCAUUAUAAGAACUUGUUAGCAGAUCGAUUACUUCAGAGUCUUUUCGCAGUUCUUUCAUCCGGUUUACAGAUGGAAGAUGAUGAAGUUCCCAUUUUGCAGUUGGGACACCAGAAGAAUAUUGAGAUGGCCAUAGCAUCUGAAGAAAGUGCUGGCUUUCCCGUUACAGCUCAGUUUUCUUGCAUUUCCAUUUGUGCAUUCUCCAAACAAGAAAAUGAUAGUCUUGAAUCUGAAGAAAGAUCAAAGUCGGUGACAAAACUUUCUGGACUUAUAAUAUUUUAUUUAAUAGUCAUGGCAGUAGAAAUCAUCGGUGGCCUGAAAGCCAACAGCCUUGCAGUUAUUACAGAUGCAGCACAUUUACUGACUGAUGUAGCUGGUUUCUGUGUCUCUCUUUUCACAGUCUGGGCUUCAGGUUGGGAGGCAACAUCCCACCAUAGUUUUGGAUUCAGUCGCCUUGAAGUUUUAGGUGCUCUUCUAUCUGUGCAGCUUAUAUGGGUGAUCUCAGGGAUCUUAAUUUACGAAGCAGUGAACAGAAUUCUUCACAAAAAUUUAGAGGUAAAUGGAGGACUCAUGUUUGCAAUUGCAGCCUUUGGAUUCAUCAUUAACUUAGUCAUGGUAAUAUGGUUGGGUCAUGAUCACUCUCAUCAUGCUUGCCAUGAUCAUAAUCAUGAUCACAUUCACAGUCAUGACGGUGAGGAUUUAUGUGGGGUAAAUGAAGAGGGGACCAAGUUGAUACCAAGUUCUCCAGCAAAAAGAAAAAUAUUAAACAUAAAUAUCCAAGGAGCUUAUCUACAUGUCAUGGCUGAUCUAAUUCAAUCCGUUGGGGUGAUGUUUGCUGGAGUAGUUAUAUGGGUGAAGCCUGAUUGGUUGGUGGUUGAUCUAAUUUGCACCCUUGUCUUCUCUGCUUUUGUUCUAUGCUCAACCAUACCCAUGCUUAUGGACGUAUUUAGCAUACUAAUGGAGAAGACUCCCCAUCAGAUGAGUGUUUGCGGGGUGGAGAGUAGUCUAAAGUGUAUAGAAGGAGUACAAGAUAUUCAUGACCUGCAUAUUUGGGCUAUCACAGUAGGGAAGUUAGUGUUGUCUUGCCAUGUAGUAGCUGAGCCUGGAGCCAGCUCUACUGAAAUACUCAACAGAAUUAGGGAUUACUGUGAAAAAACAUACAAGAUUCGUCAUGUAACUGUACAAAUUGAGCAGUAGCUUACUAAUUUUCAUAACAUAGCUUUUCUUGAUUUUUCA